UGAUCAAAAGUGUUUUUAAAGAGCCUGCAAUAUGGCAUUGAAAUUGGUUUACGGUGUUCUUUCUUUGGCUUUAUUAGGCAUCAGCUUAGUUAACGCUGAUUGUUCUUUAAAAAUACCAGACGAUGUUGAAAAUGAAAAAACCCCAGUCAUCACGGUAAGGAAAUCUCAGAAGACUCUUGAAUACGAUUUAUUUCAACCCACUGGAGAAGUAACAAAUUUUCCUGAGCGUACUGAGAUUCUUUUGGCUUGUACUGGUACUCAAAACUACUUCGAGAAUGGAGAUGAGUCUGUUACUCUACUUUGUCAAAAUAAUGAAUUCAACGAUGGACAAGGCAACGGUCCCGAAUUUUUUACUUGCUUGAAAACUCCUACAGCCGAGUUAAGGAAAACGAAAAAACGUUGCUCAUUAAAUGACUUAAAUGUUUACGAUGUCGUCUAUCGUAUAUCGGAAGAGGAAGUUGUUGGUCCUGUUUAUGACAUUUGCUAUAAUGCGAAUUCGCAAAAACCUGCCUAUAGCCGCAAUGUAAUAAAUGGGACUGCCGUUAACUAUCGUGUUCCGGAAAGGGAAACAGAUCCCACUGUGUCACUUGCUAAAGAUUUUACUACAAGCGAUGUUAAUAAUUAUUUUAAAUUACAAAACCAAAAACAACGAUUCCAAGGCUAUACAAUAGACGGUAAGCCACUUGUGGAUGAUAAAAACUUCUUUACACCUGGCCAAUUAGCGCCUGAUACGUCAAUGAUCACUCCCGCUGACAAGUUAUCCACUUACGAUUAUGCGAACAUUGUGCCACAAUAUAAAACAGUUUAUGACGGUAACGUCUGGCGCGUAGAGAACAUUACUCGUGAUCUUGCUGUUGAUCGUCAAGCUAACUUUGUAAUUUAUACCGGCGGCUACGAAAGGCUAACUGGGCUUCAUGACGGCAAACAAGAGGACAUUUACCUUACCACCAAGAAAUAUGUACAUGAAAUACCGAAAUACAUCUACAAAUUUGUAGUGGACAAGGAGAAUGAUGCUGGAAUUGUAUUUUUUACUCUUAACAAUCCUCAUGUCAAAAAUGUAGAGGGAACUGAAUUUUGCAAGAAUCAAUGCGAAGAGGCCAACGUUCUUGUUCCAAAUUUCAAAGAUUGGACCCAAGGAUAUACUUUCUGUUGUACUUGGAACGAUGUUAAGGACCAUGUAAGAGCCUUACCUCAGGAUAUUACAAUUAAUAAUUUGUUAAAAUUUAAUUAAAAGCAAAAAAGAGAAAGAAAA